AGUCACCCUCAUUCGUGAAGCCUUUGAUUGGAGCUAAAGGUUUAUACUAAAUACCUUGGCUCAACCAAAGUGAUUGGCAUCAUUGAGAAGAAAGUGGGAGCGGUAGCAUAUAGCCUCUCUCGGUUCAGUGUGCUGCCUCUAGACCUGGAACGGGUCGCCUAAUUUCGAGUUAGUCGAGGACUGGUAAUUCAAGGCGGCAAGAUGAGAGGGAUUUUGUCGUUGACGCUUCUGAGCUGCCUUUUGGCAGGAAGCCUUUCACAAGAAGAUCCAUGUGAUGUCAAGUUUCUUGUCACGGCCCCCAAGAUCAUGCUUGCCGGGACCACGGAGAAGAUCUGCGUGGAUCUACCCAGCGGCUCUGAGAUUGAACUUGCUGUCACGCUCGAGGAAGACAACUACUCUUGGCUUCGGGUAGACAAUGACAUUCUGGCUGAAGUGAUUUACCAAAUGAAUUCAGAGCGGGAGUGCUUUGAAUUUGAGGUGCCUAUGGUCAGAGAAAAUAGGCAACGAUGCAAGCUAAUCGUGGACGUCAGAAGCAUGCCGGACUCCGAAGAAUCAUGCAACCGCUCCAAGUCUGUGAUGGUCACCAAUGAUAAUUUACAAACCCUUAUUCAAACUGACAAGCCCAUCUACAAGCCUGGUCAACCAGUCAAAUUCAGGAUGAUGUCUGUAGAUAAGGAUUUUAAGCCAUCCACGGCAACAGUGCCAUUGAUCUACAUAGAAACCCCGAAUGACAUUAGGCUGGCCCAGUGGGUUGAUGUUGAACCCAAUAGGGGUUUGGUUGACCUGGACUUCCCGAUGACCUCUGAACCCCUGCUCGGAGAUUGGACAAUUAAGGUGGAGUUUGAAGAUCGGAAGGCAGAGAGAACCUUCAGAGUCGAGGAGUACGUGCUCCCCAAAUUUGAGAUCACAGUUGAAUCGAAGCCUUCUUACAUCUUGCUCACUGACACCUCCAUUGAUGUCAAAAUCUGUGCCCGAUACACUUAUGGCCAACCAGUGCGAGGAAACAUGAUGAUAAAAGCCGAGGUCUCCAGCUAUCGCAACAGCAGACCAAUCUCCCUUUACGAGGAGGAGACUGGCAGUGAUGGCUGUACCACUCUUGCUGUAGACCUGACUGUAUUUGAGUUGAGAUCAUACAGACACUCCACAUGGAACGCCAAGCUCAAAAUCAAAGUCGAUGUAACAGAUGCUGUCACAGGUGAAUCUUUGAGUCACACUGCUGAUGUUGCUAAAGUGAGUAAUGAUGCAUUAUCGAUCCGUGUGAACACGCCCUCGACAUUCAAACCUGGAGUACCCUUCUACGGCACUGUUAAUGUGAACUACCCUGAUGGGACGCCGGCUGGAGACAAAUUCAUCAUGCUCAGCGCAAAAGCUCAAGAGACCGGAAACUAUCGCUACAAACCCAUCUUUUCUGAGAAUUUUACCAGCCCUGCCAGUGGAGUCAUCGAAUUCACCAUCCCGGAUAUCGACAUCAAAACCACAAGCUUGUCAAUCAAUGCCGAGGCACCCGGCUACAGUGACCGAGACAGCGCCAACAAUACCCAGUACUUAAUCUACAACCCUUACGAUAUCGCGAGCCUCAGUGCACAGUACUCGCCGAGCGGCAGCUUCAUCCAGAUCGAGCCAAUCAGAGAGAAGCUCGUUCCAGGAUCAACGCAGAACCUGAACAUUUUCUUCACAACCGACACGGCCGAGGCAGAGGACUUGCCAUUUCAGUUUGUGUUCAUGUCGCUUGGUGACCUACUAGAUGUCCCUGUCUCAGAAGCAUUAUCAAGGAGGAGGAGACAAGUGAAUGGGGAUGGGGAAGGAAACGCUAAUGAGUGUGAAGGUGAUCUGGUAUUCAACAGCUGCUCUUCCGCCUGUCCGCUAAUCUGUGGUCAGAACGUUAGCGAGAUCUGUACCCUUCAGUGCGUCAUUGGAUGCGCGUGUCCAAACGGACUCUACCGAGAUUCGGUCAAUGGCACCUCCUGUAUGGCACUUGAGAACUGCACAACAGAGGAUGUAAUUGCCGACUUAGAAGAACUAUCACCGUUAAUAUGGAUAAGCGACUUCCCCGACCCCGAACCUGUCAACAUCACGGAGCCAGGUCAGCUACACAAUAUCCAGAGGUCAUUUGAGGUCACGGCAGACAUGAGUCCUAUUACAAGCCUGUUGGUAUACUACAUUCGUGAUGACGGGGAGGUCGUGGCAGAUAGCAUCACGUUCACUGUUGAAGAAACGUUUGCCAAUGAGGUUACGCUGGAUUUUGGUGAGUCUGAAGUGAAACCCAAUGAUGAAACAACCCUUGAUGUGACGGCGGACCCAGACUCGCUCUGUGGUGUUGGUGUGGUCGAUAAGAGUGUUUAUGUUCUUGGUGGAGACAAUUCGAUGACAAAGGAUUCGCUGUUUGAUUCUAUCAGGAGAUAUCAGCUUGGCCGGUAUGGAGGCGUCUAUGACUAUGGUUCCAGGUGUCCUAACUAUUACAGGAGGAGGAGGAGAAGGUCCAGCGUGCCUUGGUAUGGUGGUGGAUCAGAUUUUGAUGACGCCUCUGCCGCUUUCAAGAACAUUGGUCUUGUUUAUCUCACCAAUCUUGAUAUUGAGACUAAACCAUGCGUUCGAUAUUAUGGCCCAGUAUUUUAUACCGUACCUAGUGCCCGCGAUCGAGCUAUUCCCGUUGCUGUUCAGGAUAACGUUGUGGAGGAAGGUGCGACGAUUCAAAAAGUAGAAUCAGGAGUCGAGAUAAGGAGUUAUUUCCCUGAAACGUUUCUUUGGGACUUAGUUACCACUGACGAGUCGGGAUCCGCUUCUAUCGACAUCCAAGCACCACACACCAUCACCGACUGGGUCGCCAACGCUUUCUGCCUCUCCCCGGAAAACGGUUUGGGGGUUGCCCCGGCAACCUCUCUGAUAACGUUCCAGCCGUUCUUCCUCUCUUUCUCCCUACCUUACUCCGUGAUCAGAGGAGAGAACGUCCCUGUCAAAAUCAGUGUCUUCAACUAUUUAGACGCCUGUUUAGUAGUGAGGGUUACUCUGGCAGCUAGUGAAAGCUUCACAUUGGUAUCAGAGUCCGAUUCUCAGGAUGUUUGCGUGUGCGGAGGACAAGCCGAUUCGGUCGAGUUCCGCAUCGUUCCAUUAGCUGUCGGCCAAAUUCCUCUUCAAGUGAAUGGUGUAUCUGUGGUUGACUCCUACACCCUGUGUGGGAAUGAAAUCGUCAGUGAAGUAGCAGGAGCCGAGGACACCGUCAGGAGAGAAUUAUUUGUCAAGGCUGAAGGAGUACCAGAAGACUAUUCUUGGAGUUCGUACUUCUGUUUGGCUGAUUAUCCAUUCAACACGUACACGCAACGUGUAUCGGUGCCUACAUAUCUUUUAAAUCAAACUGGAGCCAUUCAUGUAGUCCCAGACUCUGUUUCAGGCAAAGUUAUUGUCACUGGCGAUAUGCUUGGCCCAAGCCUGGAGAAUCUCGAGCACCUGAUCCGCCUUCCAACAGGUUGCGGAGAGCAGAACAUGCUUGGCUUUGUACCCAACAUCGUGGCCCUGGAGUACCUGACAGCCACCAACCAGCUCACGGAUAAGAACAGGGACAAAGAGGAAACGCUCAAACGCAACAUGAGGGUCGGUUACCAACGGGAACUCAACUAUCGCCAUAGAGACGGCUCGUUCUCCGCAUUUGGAGAAAGUGAUGAAUCUGGUAAUACCUGGUUGACUGCCUUUGUUGUGAGAUCUCUAGCUCAGGCUAGUAAGUUUAUCUAUGUGGACAAGGCCGAUAUGAAUGUUAGCAUGGCAUGGUUGAAGAAUCUGCAGGAUCCAGAGACCGGCUGCAUCCGAUCCGUCGGUCACCUCGGCUACAAGGCUAUGAUGGGCGGUGUGAGCAGUGAAUCCAUGUUGACUGCUUACGUCAUCGUGACGUACCUCGAGGCCGGCCUACCUGCUGAUGAUGAAGGUGUAGUGAAAGGCUUAGAGUGUGUGCUAGCAGACCUGGACUCUGUGGAGGAUACAUAUGCCCUGGCUCAGAUAGCGUAUGCUUUGGCUCUGGCAGAAACGAGCUCGGAAACUGACAGCAACCUCAGUUCAAAACUCGAUCAGGUCCUGACCAAACUCAAUGAAAGUGCUGUAUCUGAAGGUGACUUACUCUACUGGAAUAGCAACCGCCAGGCAUCUCAGUCCUCGUACCGCACGGCUUCCACCAGUUCUAUCAACAUCGAGAUCAACUCCUACAUGAUCCUGACCCAGUUCUUGCGUAACACGCCAGAUGUUGCGCGCCAGAAGACAUCGCUCACUGUCCGUUGGCUGAUCAAGUAUCGGGGUGCACAGGGAGGCUAUGGCUCGACACAGGACACCGUGAUGGGUCUGACUGCCCUUGGUAAGUUUGCAGCCAACACCGACCCGGAGGUAUCUUUAUACGUAGAUGCUAAGCUUGUACGUCCCUCGGGCAGGAUCACCAGUAGACGAUUCUUUGUCAACGACGUCAACAGAAGGCAACAGAGUGAAUAUCACUUUGAUGGGAUGUUGAGAUUUGUGAACAUCAGGGCCAGAGAGUCAGGAUGUGCUUUGAUCCAGAUUGCCAUGAACUAUAACGUGAUGCCAUCUGAGAAAUUACCAUCGUUUGCACUGAAGAAUGCCGUUGAACCCCUGAGAAGCAAGAAAGGAGUCUGCAGUGACUACAGGAUCACUAUCAGUGUCAGUUAUAACAAUGAUGCUCCGGACGAGGAAUCUAACAUGGCGCUGGUUACCGUGGUACCGCCGUCUGGAUUUUACCCAAUCAAGUCUUCGUUGGAAUCACUGGCAGACAGAAACCCUGCCAUAAAGAGGCAUGAAAUAGAUGGGGAAAAGAUCAACUUUUAUUUUGACAGUCUCGAUGAAGAAGUGCAGGUCUUCAGCUUUGACGUGACCAAAGAAUUUGAUGUGGAAGAUGUGAAGCCGGGUUAUAUCAGUGCCACAGAUUACUAUGAACAGAGUUUGACAAAAUCGGUUGAACUUGAAAUAGAAUGUGACCCAGAAGCAGAACCAAUUGAUGAUGAACUCGUUGUUAUUCUACCUCCGGUAGAAGAGGAGAGCAUUUUGAUAGAAAUAGUCCCACCACCACCUCCUCCACCUCAGGUAGUGGUAGACCAAGCCCAAUCAGAAGGAGAAGGUGAUGGAUUAGGAGGAGAGGGGGAAGGAGAAGGGGAAGUUACAGAUACAGGAGAUCCUGGUCAAAGUCCUGAAUCUCAGGAAGGAACACCCUUCCCAGGAUUUGGUUUCCAAGGUAGUGCGAAGGACGAUGAGCAGAAUGUCAGCAAACCUGCGGAAGCAGUCGAGGACAAGGACACCGCUGGGCAGGACAAGCAGGAUCCAGAAUCCAAGGACACCGAGGCACAAGGAGCUGAUGAAGGAGAGAAGGAAGGGGAUACCACACCUGAAGGAGAUGCAGAUAAACCAGCCAAGGCUACAGAUGAAACUCCUGCAGAGCUCAAGACCGAUGCAGUUGUUGAUAAACCUAAGAAUGAAACUGAUCCGUCAGUAGUUGACGAAGGUCCAAUGGCCACUGACGAAAUGGUGACGGAGAUUAUCUAUGUUGAAGAAAUUGAAGGCAUUGAAGCUGUUAAUGGCACAGAAGCCACUCCAGCCUUUAAUGCCACAGAAAGCAUUCCGGCUGUUAAUGCCACAGAAGCCGCUCCGGCCAUUAAUGCCACAGAAAGCAUUCCAGCUGUAAAUGCCACAGAAGGCGCUCCAGCCGUUAAUGCCACAGAAGCCGCUCCGGCCGUUAAUGCCACAGAAGCCGCUCCGGCUGUUAAUGCCACAGAAGCCGCUCCAGCUGUUAAUGCCACAGAAGCCGCUCCAGCCGUUAAUGCCACAGAAGCCGCUCCGGCCGUUAAUGCCACAGAAGCCGCUCCGGCCGUUAAUGCCACAGAAGCCGCUCCAGCUGUUAAUGCCACAGAAGCCGCUCCAGCCGUUAAUGCCACAGAAGCCGCUCCGGCCGUUAAUGCCACAGAAGCCGCUCCGGCCAUUAAUGCCACAGAAGCCGCUCCGGCCGUUAAUGCCACAGAAGCCGCUCCGGCCGUUAAUGCCACAGAAGCCGCUCCGGCCGUUAAUGCCACAGAAGCCGCUCCGGCCGUUAAUGCCACAGAAGCCGCUCCGGCCGUUAAUGCCACAGAAGCCGCUCCGGCCGUUAAUGCCACAGAAGCCGCUCCGGCCGUUAAUGCCACAGAAGCCGCUCCGGCCCUUAAUGCCACAGAAGCCGCUCCAGCUGUUAAUGCCACAGAAGCCGCUCCGGCCGUUAAUGCCACAGAAGCCGCUCCAGCCCUUAAUGCCACAGAAGCCGCUCCAGCCGUUAAUGCCACAGAAGCCGCUCCGGCCGUUAAUGCCACAGAAGCCGCUCCGGCCCUUAAUGCCACAGAAGCCGCUCCAGCCGUUAAUGCCACAGAAGCCGCUCCGGCGGUUAAUGCCACAGAAGCCGCUCCAGCCCUUAUUGCCACAGAAGCCGCUCCAGCGGUUAAUGCCACAGAAGCCGCUCCGGCCGUUAAUGCCACAGAAGCCGCUCCGGCCGUUAAUGCCACAGAAGCCGCUCCGGCCGUUAAUGCCACAGAAGCCGCUCCGGCCGUUAAUGCCACAGAAGCCGCUCCAGCCCUUAAUGCCACAGAAGCCGCUCCGGCCGUUAAUGCCACAGAAGCCGCUCCGGCCGUUAAUGCCACAGAAGCCGCUCCGGCCGUUAAUGCCACAGAAGCCGCUCCAGCCCUUAAUGCCACAGAAGCCGCUCCGGCCGUUAAUGCCACAGAAGCCGCUCCGGCCGUUAAUGCCACAGAAGCCGCUCCAGCCCUUAAUGCCACAGAAGCCGCUCCGGCCGUUAAUGCCACAGAAGCCGCUCCGGCCGUUAAUGCCACAGAAGCCGCUCCGGCCGUUAAUGCCACAGAAGCCGCUCCGGCCGUUAAUGCCACAGAAGCCGCUCCGGCCGUGAAUGCCACAGAAGCUGCUCCGGCCGUUAAUGCCACAGAAGGCAUGAUAGAAGCCCCACAAGGGAUUGCUGACAAAGGCAAAGAGGGGGGAACAGUUGUUGCAGGCACGGAAGAAAUGGCAGUAGUGACAGAGGUUGUGACAGUUGCUGAAGGCACAGGGGGAAUGGCAGAAGGAACAGAGGUUGUGACAGUUUUAAACAGCACAGAGGAAUCAGAGGCAACUGAGAAUGCCACAGCAGAAGAACCCAAGGAAGUGGUCGCAGGAACAACAGAAGAGGCAACUCAAACACCAUCCACGCCGCCACCUCCAACUGACUUCGAUGAAUGCACUGUUGAGGACAUCUGCCCAGCAGGCUCAGAAUGUUUCAACUUCCCCGGCACUUAUGAAUGUCGAUGUAUGGAAGGCUACACAGAAGACGAGGAUGGAAGCUGCCAUGAUUGCCCUAGAUGUGAAGAAGUCUCAAUCCCAGAAGAUGGAAUGGACAGAUUCUGUAGCUCAAACUUUGUAUACAUUGUGAAGAGGAGAGCGAAUGAUGUUCGAUUGCUUCGAGAAAAACGCUACACUGAUGUGCUGGUCGCCGGUAGAGUCGCCCGUGACUAUGAAUUUCCUGAUAGCUCUUGCGGCGGCCGAUGUGAUAUGUUUGAAGAUAUGUCAGCCACCCGGAAGCGUUUUAUCAUCAUGAUGAAUGCUACCGAUGGCGAGCCUCUCAGCCUGGAUCGCAGAGUCACCUUCCUUCCAUUCAAUCCCGCCGUCAUCAACGCUUUGGAUGACUGGAGGAGUGAAUGUCCAUAGAGGGCCUCCUUCAUUAACCCACCCCCCCCCCCCUUGAAAUUGAGAAGAAAAAAAGCAAAACGAUGUUUGAUCAAAAUCUGAAUUCAACUUGAUGUUAGUGAGGAAGAUUCACCAUUCACAGUAAAGUGUCACCUUUGCCUCAUUUUCAUCCAGAAUAAUAAAAAUUUCCAACAACAUCUGA